GACUUAAGAGACUGGUUUCUGUAUUAUUUCUGUAUAAGGCUAGUAGCGCAUCAAAUAAAACUUCACGGUCAAUUUCCGUCAUUACAUCACUUGAAAUGCGAAAUUAAUCCAAUUUUCGUAAACGUAAAAAUGUCGUCGUUUGUAAAUUACCGAAGCGACAGCACAGUGAAUGUCGUGGAAGCUUUAUCCAAGGAUAAUGUAACAUUUUAUAAAAUCGUUGUUAAAGUGGGAUCUGUGCAAUGGGAAGUUUUACAUCGGUACAAUGAUUUUGUGGAACUCCACGAGAAGUUAGUGAGUGACCAUGGCGUGGCGAAAGAUUUAUUGCCACCGAAAAAAGUUAUACGCAAUAAAACACCUAAAUUCGUGGAACAAAGACGUGAAGCGUUAAACGAUUACCUUAAAAAUGUCUUUAAAUAUUUAUUGCUCACGAUGCCAUCAGAGUUCGCGCAUUUCUUGCACUUCAACUUGUAUGAUAUAUUUUUCCUCUUACAAGAUCUGGCUAAAAAACUUUAUUUAGAAGGCGACAAGUUAUUGGAAAAUGAAAAAUCACAUAAAUUCAGCAUACUUGAGUUACAUGCUAUAAGUGAAAGAUUUAAAAUGGCAUGCCCACCGACAGAGAAAGUGGAUCAAAUGUUCGACUUCAGCCACAUACUGGAUUUCUGUUCUCAAGUGAGAUCACUCAGCAUCGAAGGGAGCUAUGAGAAAUUGGGAAUGAGUAAUAUAAUACCUAAUGAACUUUACUUUGAUCUCAUAUCAUUUAAAUCAUUAAUUGAUUUAAAAGUCCUCGGUGUUCCCAUGGGAUGUAUACAAAGUGUGGGGAGCCUGCGUGAAUCACUCGUUAGUCUGUCUGUGCAUAUAGCCAGUGUCGUGACUUUGAAUGAGUUUCUGCUCGUCGACGUUCUACACAAGGAUCAGUCCAGUCUCGCUGACACUGUGAUAUGGAAGAAAUUGACAGUUAUAAACUUUGCAAGCAACAACAUUGACAAUGUCGACUGGGCAAUCAGAUUAGUGCCAAAGUUACAGCAGCUGAAUCUGUCUUCAAACAAACUGACCGAGUUAUGUGAUAUAUCGUGCCUUCACGAUUUACAAGUGCUCAACUUGUCCAUGAAUCGCUUCUCGAUGUGUUUGAACUGGCACGCUAAAAUAGGCAAUAUUGUUAAAAUAGAUCUUUCACAGAAUAAAAUCGAAUCUCUCCAAGGUUUUUCUAAGCUUUAUUCACUAGAAAGUUUGGACCUUGGCUGUAAUCUUAUCGAUGAUGUUGAAGAAGUACAAUAUAUAUGCAAUCUGCCGUGCUUAGAGUAUCUGUGGUUAACGGCUAAUCCUGUAGCGUCAUCCAUAGACUAUAGAGUUAAAGUCAUCGAGCAGUUUAACGCUCGUAUGUCAGAAAUUUGUUUAGAUAACGAGAAGGCUUCGGAAAAAGAAUUGGACACAGCUAGGGUCUUACAGGCUUUAAGAAUAGUUAAAGAAGGUAAGACUCCAAGUUUCUUGCAAAAUAAUAACUCAAGUCAUAGUUUUAAUAGAAGUUGACGAUAUCUGACUAAUUUUAUAAAUUAAUUGAAAGUAAAUGGAAUUUUAUUAAAUUAUAUAACAAGCAUGUUACAUAGUAACACGUCUUAUUAAUGUAUUUUACAUGUAGUGAUGCAGGACAUUCCAUAAAUGGGUGCUCAGUUAUAUUUAGAAUAGUUUGUAGUGUAAGAGACACGGUGAGAUGUGUUAGAAUUCUGGUUAAAUAUAUUUGCCAUAAUUUUUAAUGAAUGGAAAAAUGUUGCAUGACGAAAUAAUUUUAUAAAUAAAAAUAUUAAAUUAUCUGCGUCGUUGGUUCUAGUAGCUUUAAG